AGCACUAAUCUUAGUGCUAUUUAAUAUUAAUACAAUUUAUGGGCAUAUGGGUUUUGUAUUCCCUCCACCCAGAUAUCCCUGCAGUAAAUAUGAUAUCAGAGGAUGUCAUAUAACCAAAAGAUGUAAAGCAUCAGAUUGCGACGAUUCCCGUAGAAUUUAUUUCGAUGUUUCAAGAAGCAAUGUAUUCACUAUCUAUCAAAGUUUAGAUUUCAAAGGCCAAUAUAAGUAUAAACUAGAUAUGGUUGUAGAUGAUAAAAUAUAUGGAAUACAUAGUUUUGAUGCAUUUUAUUCGGAUGGAGAAUCCCUUAUAACAUUACCAGCAUUUG